AUGGCCGCGUCGCACAUCCUAAGCGCGGUAGAGCCGACAGUGGGCGGCGGCGGCGGCGGCGGCGCGCGCGGUGGCCGCGAGCGGGAUGUCAAUGUAGCUCUAGACGAUCGAGAGCUCUGGGUGCGCUUUCAGACCCUUACUAAUGAAAUGAUUGUUACUAAAAAUGGACGGCGCAUGUUUCCCGUGGUCAAGGUAACGGCAAGUGGACUGGACCCCACUGCUAUGUAUACAGUACUGUUGGAAUUUGUACAGGUGGACUCACAUCGCUGGAAAUAUGUUAAUGGGGAAUGGGUGCCGGGAGGAAAAGCAGAAGUACCACCAUCCAAUGCAAUAUACAUACACCCAGAGAGCCCCAAUUUCGGCGCUCACUGGAUGAAGGAACCCAUUUCGUUCGCGAAGGUUAAACUCACCAACAAAACAAAUGGAAAUGGUCAGAUAAUGCUAAACUCUCUCCAUAAAUAUGAACCUCGUGUGCACCUUGUAAAAGUGGGCACAGAUCUACGUCGUAUUAUGACGUAUCCGUUCCCCGAGACGCAGUUCAUAGCCGUAACGGCGUAUCAGAAUGAAGAAGUGACGUCAUUGAAGAUUAAAUAUAAUCCUUUCGCAAAGGCUUUCCUUGAUGCUAAGGAGAGACCUGAGGGGUAUUACCAGAGAGACUUCGUAGGUACACAUUAUCCGCAGCAGAGUUCUUCGCCGCAUCAGUAUCCUCAAUUUGGUGGUUGGUUUGUCACAUCGCAGCCCUUGUACGGCAGUAGUAACUCUUCGUCAAGAAGGCCUGCGCCCUAUCCGCCGCGACCACCUUCUCGGCCACGAACAUUGUCCCCGCCUUCUUCUUACAGCAAUACAGAGCGUACGACUUCAGCUGUAGCAAAUAGCAGUAGCAGUUAUACGUGGACUGGCAGCAGCGCCUAUUGGAGCUCUACUCAGGGCAGCACGUCCCCGCAACCAAAUACCUCUCCUACCCCGUACCGUACCCCGCCUCACGCGUAUUCUGCUCCUAUCGAAUAUACCUCCACACCACCUACAAGUACGCCCGCACCGACGUCCGCACCAACGCCGUUGUACCCUCUUCAGUACGAAACGCCAGCGCAACACCACUCACCCUACUACCAACAUGCAUACGCACCGUAUGCACAUCAUGCGAUCGAAGACAUUUCAUAUUGGCCUAACAGUCUGAAUAGCUAUGGCUAUCAGCCGUCGGAAUAUGUUGGCGCUGGUGAAGUGGCUUACGGAUCUGAAAGUAUGGCCUUCGGACCAGCUGGACCCUCUUUAGAAGCAGCCCCUGCUGAACCUAGGGCCACUCCACCGGGUUCUGAACACGCAUCUGGAGAACGGGAAUAUAAAUUCAGCACGGAAGAAGAACGCCACUCGCCUUGUGAAGAAUCCACUCUUCCACCACGAUCCCCUAAUCAAUGAUUAAUUUAUUUCUUAUACUCACUACCUUAACGCGCGUUCAAUAGUACUUACCUUUUUCAACUUAUGAGCGCAUGGAUUCGGCAUUUUUAGUCAAUAAAUAAGAUUUUCAGUGCAAAUAAUAUUGCAUUCAAGUUAUUUUUUCUAUGAAAAGUGUGUAUGGGAAUAAUAUGAGUAUAUUCCAUGAAAAUAUUUAACCGGAAACUUGACAUGAAUACUCUUGAAAGCAAAUAAAGAAACGCGUGUUUUUCUUUUUUCCUAACUACAUUUUAUGGAGUCACCACACUUAUUGACACGAAAUCGCAUUAAACCCGUUAAAAAAGCUUUGUAUAGGUAAAAAGAGCGAAAAAAAUGUGCGUUUUGUGUUGAUGGUCGGAGCGGAAGCGAAACGCCCAACCUCUUUUUGGUCCGUAUUGCAUGGGUAUAAAGGUUUAUCUAGCCGGAUUAAUGCGAUUCUGUGUCAAUAAUUGUAAUGAUUAACUAAACGUUAAAAAUAUACAGUGAUCACUCUUUAUUUAAUUAUAAACCUCGUCAUAUGUUGCAUCUUACAGCCUUCGAUCAUAUGAUCAAAGCUUACAGCCGUUGUACCUCGUUCGCUAUAAGAUUUACAAUAAAAGUGUGUAUGAAAAAAUAUGGGAAAAAACACGUCGUCAAUGUUGUAUUGUCAAUCAAACAAUUUUUGCACUUUUCGUUCUAGAUGAUGGCGUGAGACCACCAUCUCAAGAGUUCACAAAAUUAAGGUUUUAUUUAGGGCCA